AUGGAGAAAUCGAAAUACACCUUUGAUAGAAUAUCAGGAGUUUGGCUCCAGCCGUUCUCGGUCAUCUUAAACUGUAUGAUGCCGAUCGAAUACAUCUAUGCAGACUGGUACCAACUUAUUGCUAAAGAUUACGUACUCCGCUCAAAUCCAGAUUACAUCGGCUCUCGAGAAGAGGUGGAUAUCGAGGCAGGAAGCCAAGCGGAAGGAUUUUGUAUUCCUGAAAUGCACGUUCCAAAAAAUACUGAUCACUUCCCGCGAUAUGAGGAUCAAGAGCAUGCAUCAGAAUACCUUCAAGUGGAUCUGGACGACACUGAACAUUGGAUUAGUGAUCACGAUGCAAUGACGGUAAAUGAUAGUUUUCUUCUUAAUGAACACAAGCUACCAGUCUCGAUAUUUAGCGAAGUGUUCCACGCAGAAGAUGACCCCAGGUACGUGAAACUGAAACUUACCGAAGAGUGGAAAAUGUUUCGCAAAAGAUUCAAAGACUCCACGUUUCUUCACCAGAGUUAUCUUCUUCCUGGUAAAAGUACUUUUUAUCAGUCUGUACUUGACACCCUUAAUACUAGCACCAGAAAUGAAAAGGUGAAGUGGUCAUUUGAUGUUCAUGGUCCUGUACGUAAAAUGGAAUCCAAGGGAAAUUGGAUCAAACAUGAAGAAGAUCAURCAAAUGUCUUUAAAUUUCCUCAAGCAUGGCCUGAGCCAGCGAUGGAAUGGUUGGUUCGACCACGCACUGGGCCUUGGCCAUCKCCURGUCUCGUCCARGAAGUGUUUGAAUCUGGCUGCCAUAUUGCACCAGUUGGAAGAGGWAAACGACACCAAGAUCCCGUACAGCUGAUUGAAUACCUAAMAGAUCCUUYAAAUUCUCAAGCGAAUUCAACAGAGCAAAAUUCAUCUGYCAUGGAUGAAUAYGAAUGGAGGUUGUCUUUCUCUGUUGCUGAAAACAAACUUGGUCAAAGUGUGAGUCCUGUUCAAAGACAUGUCAUGAUUCUUCUAAAGAUGCUCAAACAAUUCUAUAUCAAUGACUCCUGCAUAUCAACAUAUUUACUAAAGAAUUUGUUGUUUUGGGAAAUYGAAAAGCAAACCGAAAGCUUUUGGAAAGAGGACWRCUCAGCCAAGUGCCUYUUKCAUAUGCUGAAUCGUCUUCAGCAGAGCYUUGAAGAAGGAUGUMUUCCUCAYUACAUAAUGCCAGAAAGUAACUUGCUAGCCUAUAAAGAACCCUACAAGCUUGCAGAAGCAGCACGCWUCAUCUUUGAUAUACGACAAACGAUASUGCYAAAAUCCAUYASYAUGCUUCAGAGGAGUUUCACAUUAACAUAUCAGUCUUGCRUUUUCCACAGAAGGUUGUUCCUUGAAUUAUUUCUGGACAAAUUCCAUGAUGAUACUCUGCAUGAUUGUGAAAUCAAAGAAAUGGUAUGCUCAUUACUGCUUCUYUUUAAAAGCAGAUCCAAAGACUGUGUCGAAAGGUUAAUGUUUAGGCAAAAAAGUGAUGCAAGRCCAGAAAUUCUCAUUGCACUGAACACGUAUGAAUCUCUUCUUGCAAGGUGCUUAACAAAGGCAUGGKUGGUUUURUACUCUGUGAAUGUCAAUGAGGAGAAAUUUAUCGAUUUUGUUAAAAGUGAAUGUCAAAGUUUUUCUGCAAGYAAUGAMGUCCUCCAGUUAGCUCUUGCUUUUUACAAGCAAGCUUGUGAAGGGAAGGAUGUUGGUAACUUAGUGCCCCAUACAAGUGCAAUGMAAAAWAUCAAGAAAAUGAGAAAKCUAAGCGAAGARCGUUCUUUGGAAGAAGGAAAAUUAGUGCAAAAGUAUGCAUUAUAUGGGAUGUGCCGCAGUGACCUUGAUCAAGCUGAACAAAAGGUCCUGGAUUUAAUGAAAGACGUCACAAUUGAUGACGUUCAAGCAAAGGAUUUAGAAGCCAAAUACAUUGACACUUUGCUUGAUAUUCUUCGAAAAAAAGUUGGUCUAGCGUUGUAA